CAGCAACUUUUAAUAUUCCUCCACGAUAUUUUCAGUGAUGACUUUAAAAAUCGAAAAAGCUGACUUACAACGUAUCCCAGAAUCUAUAAACUUUCCACAGGAAGAAGAGAACAUUUUAAAGUAUUGGAAAGAUGAAAAGAUUUUCGAAAACUGUUUAAAACAAUCAAAAUCAAAGCCUCGUUAUACAUUUUAUGAUGGUCCACCGUUUGCAACUGGUUUACCUCAUUAUGGUCAUAUAUUAGCAGGAACAAUUAAAGAUAUUGUCACUCGUUAUGCUCAUCAACAAGGUUAUCAUGUUGAAAGAAGAUUCGGAUGGGAUACUCACGGACUUCCAGUCGAAUAUGAGAUUGACAAAACUUUAGGUAUCAAAGGUCCAGAUGAUGUUGCUAAAAUGGGUAUUGCAGCAUAUAACAACGAAUGCAGAAAGAUUGUCAUGAGAUAUGCAGGAGAUUGGGAAGAAAUCAUUGGAAGACUUGGAAGAUGGAUCGAUUUUAAGAAUGAUUAUAAAACUCUUUAUCCUUGGUUCAUGGAAUCUGUUUGGUGGGUUUUUAAACAACUUUAUAUGAAGGGAUUAGUUUAUCAAGGCGUUAAAGUAAUGCCUUAUUCGACUGCUUGUACUACUGCAUUAUCAAAUUUCGAGUCUGGUCAGAAUUACAAAGACGUUCAAGACCCGAUGGUAUUUGUUGCAAUGCCAUUGCUUGAUUCUACAGAGAAAGUUUCCUUAAUUGUAUGGACGACAACACCAUGGACUCUUCCUUCAAACAUGGCUUGUUGUGUUAAUCCCGAUCAUCAAUAUGUUAAAGUUAAGGAAAUCGCUACAGGAUGCAUUUACAUCAUCAUGGAAUCUCGUAUUGAUUUUGUGUUCAAAACGAAAGAUGCUGUUGAAGUUUUAGAAAAGUUUUCCGGCAUUAAACUCAAAGGACUUCGUUACGAUCCGCCAUUUGAUUUCUUUAAGAAAUACGAGAAUGUCGCUUUUCGUGUUUUGUGUGAUAAUUACGUCACUGAAGAAUCUGGUUCAGGAAUUGUUCAUCAAGCUCCGUACUUUGGAGAAGACGAUUAUCGUGUUUGUCUUGCUCACAAUGUAAUAAAACGUGAUCAGGAAAUUGUUUGUCCACUUGAUGCAAGCGGUCGAUUCACAAAUGAAGUUCCAGAUUUUCAAGGACAAUAUGUGAAAGAUGCCGACAAGAACAUCAUCAAUGCGCUCAAGAAGAAAGGACGAUUAGUUCGUUCUGGACAACAUAAUCACAGUUAUCCUUUCUGUUGGCGAUCAGACACGCCACUCAUCUACAAAGCAGUCCCUUCAUGGUUCGUCCGUGUUGAACACAUGACGAAGCAACUGCUGGCUUGUUGUGCACAAACUUAUUGGGUGCCCGACAACAUCAAAGAGAAACGGUUCGGAAAUUGGCUACGUGAAGCUCGUGAUUGGGCUAUAAGUCGUAAUCGUUAUUGGGGCACGCCAAUUCCCAUUUGGAUGUCACCUUCAGGUGAUGAAAUUGUUUGCAUUGGCAGCAUUGAAGAACUGGAGAAAUUGUCAGGCAUUCUCGUUAAAGAUUUGCAUCGUGAGACUGUCGAUAGCAUUGAAAUUCCGUCACAAACACCAGGAAAUCCACCUUUGAGACGAAUUUCUGAAGUUUUCGAUUGCUGGUUUGAAUCAGGCUCGAUGCCAUAUGCACAACAACAUUAUCCAUUCGAGAAUCCAAACGAGUUUAUGAACAAAUUUCCAGCAGACUUCAUUGCUGAAGGCAUUGAUCAGACACGCGGUUGGUUUUAUACGCUUCUAGUUAUAUCGACAGCAUUGUUUAACAAGCCACCAUUCAAGAACUUGAUUGCAAAUGGCUUGGUGCUAGCUGCAGAUGGCCAAAAGAUGUCAAAAAGAAAACAAAACUAUCCUGAUCCAAUGUUACUUGUUGGAAGAUAUGGAGCAGACGCCAUUCGUUUGUAUCUCAUCAAUUCACCAGUUGUUCGUGCUGAAAAUCUUCGAUUCAAAGAAGAAGGUGUUCGUGACAUCAUCAAAGACGUUUUCUUACCUUGGUUCAAUGCUUAUCGCUUUUUGUUCCAAAAUAUUGAACGAUUUGAAAAAGAAGACAAAAUUGUUUACAAAUAUGAUGUCAAUCAACAUCAUCGUAAUCAAUCAAACAAUGUUAUGGAUGUGUGGAUUGUAAGCUUCAAAGAAUCUCUUCUGGAAUUCAUUUCGAAAGAGAUGAAAGCUUAUCGUUUGUAUACUGUCGUGCCUCGAUUAACAAAGUUUAUUGAUCAACUUACGAAUUGGUAUGUGCGGAUGAAUAGAAAGCGUAUUAAGGGCGAAGGAGGCAUUGAAGAUUGUUAUCAUGCGUUGAAUACACUUUACAGUGUUUUAUUGGCGAUGGUGAAAAUGAUGGCACCGUUUACGCCUUUCUUGACUGAAUACAUGUAUCAACGAUUGAGAAUUCUUGACGAAAGUCUGCAACCUGGAAGUGUUCAUUAUGAAAUGAUGCCAUCAGCUGACAAUAACAAGAUCAACGUUCCAAUAGAACGAGCUGUCGCUCGAAUGCAAGCUGUUGUUGAGCUGGGACGUGUUAUGAGAGAUCGUCGAACAGUUCCCAUCAAAUAUCCGCUGACUGAAGUUGUUGUCAUUCAUCAGCAACAAGAAUAUCUCGACGAUAUCAAUUCAUUACAACAAUUCAUCACAGGUGAAUUGAAUGUCAGAUCGAUUGUGUUAAGUCAAGAUAGAAAGAAAUAUGGCGUGACAUUACGUGCUGAGCCUGAUCAUAAAUUGCUGGGAAUUCGACUUAAAAACGAUGCGAAAAUUGUUGCACAGAAAAUCAAGCAACUGUCAGAUUCUGACAUUCAAAAUCAAUUAAAACGUGGGUGGUUUGAAAUUGACGCUCAUCGUUUGGAAUUGAAUGAAGUUCGUGUUAUUUAUCAAUUUGGUGGUGACAUUUCUGAUGCUGUUGAUUUUGAGGCUCAUAGUGACAACGAUGUUUUGGUGUUGCUCAACAUGAAACCAAAUCAAGAACUCGUUGAUGAAGGAACUGCCCGAGAAAUCAUUAAUCGAAUUCAAAAGCUCAAGAAAAAAGCGAAAUUGAUUCCAACAGAUCCUGUCAUCAUCACUUACGAAACAUCCAAAGCUGACAGUGAUGUUACGAGAGUUGCAAUGAGUCAUCGGUCGUUUAUUGAGGGUGUUGUUAAGAGUAAAUUUGUGUUGCAUUCAGCUGAAGAUGAUAAACGAGAGCUCGUUAUUGAAGAAACGCAAGAACUCAAGGAUGUUACUCUGAAACUUAAAAUCACGACAUUAAAUGAAAAAAUUAUGCCAAAACUUCCAUGGAUCAAUGUAGUGCUUGCUGAUGACGUGCAAAUGAGAUAUGUACGAUGUGAUACUGCUCGUGUUUGCACUUUAAAUCUUGAAGAUUUUGGAGGAAAUGUCAUGACGUUGGAACAACUAAAACAAGAGGUUGAACGUGUCUUUGGCAUCGGUCAAACGAAGUGGAUGCUCUCAACUUCGCACGAGAAGCUCAAUGAACUCAAAGAAGUAUCGAGAAGUCUUUCAGGAAAAACAAUUUUCAUUUUUAGAAAUGCGGUCACGAGCAUUCCCCAACAAUUCUUGUCAGCAAUUUCACCUUUCAGUCAAUUUGAGAAUAAAAUUGUCGAGAAUCGUCAUGUGACUGUUUACUUGGAGAAUCCAGCAGUGAUGUAAUUUGUUUUUUGUCAUUGAAUAAAUUAAUUAAUUAAUAAAUAUUCUUUACAAAAGA